AUGCCUCCAAUGAAGUCGAGCAAGAAGAUUGGAUUGACUGCCAUUCAGAAAUAUGAACUCUGUUGUCUGCGGUCACGAUACCCGAAGAUGAAGCUCGCUGAAUUUGCACUACUCGAUGAAUGCCCUCGCCGGGCUGAUGGAUCCCCGCUUGCGAUAUCAAGUUUGUCUGACCACUUGAAGGGAUGGGCAGCAAAGAUAAAGGAAGGAUGCCCUCAAGGUAUAUAGAAAAAAUCCAAGUGGUAUUGUAAAGUUGUUAACCAAGUAUGUUAAUAGGUCCAGUGGCAUUGAAGCAAAAGAAUCGUAUUGAAAGCUACCCUUUCCUCGAGCAUUUCCUCGCACUAUGGAUGGAUGCAGCGGAAGAUGCUCGUAUACCAGUUACCGAUGAAAUCAUUCGUACACAAGCAAAGAUCAUCCAAACAAGACUUGAAAAUGCCGGGGUGGAGGAGCCAUAUGAUGGGUUUGAGAUGUCGAAUGGGUGGACACAGCACUUUAAGAAUCGGCAUAAUUUUGGACGACUACGGACCCAUGGCCAGUCAGGCGAGGUGGAUCAGUCUGCACUUCCAGAGCAGCGUGAGAGCCUAGCACAGGAGCUUAUGCCUUUUGCUUCUUGUGAUCGGUAUAAUUGUGAUGAAAGUGGACUUGUCUUUAAUAAACAACCGCAGUCAUCUAAUGUUCGCCUUCAAAAAGGUAAACAGCUAAGAGGUGGAAAGGAUCCCAAAACCAGAAUUACAACAUUCCACAUUGUCAAUGAAGCUGGAACAGAUAAGAGAAAGAUUUGGGUAGUAGGACGAGCUAAGAGGCCUCAAUGCUUUCGUCAGCAGCGUGUCAAUCCUGACAAUCUUCCCAUUAUCUAUAAGUUUAACAAUAAAGCUUGGCUUCUAACUGGGCUAUGGUAUGAGUUUCUUCGUCGUUUCAAUGAAGAAAUGAGAAUAGCGCAACGACAGAUCGCCUUAGUGACAGACAAUUGUCCAACUCAUCCACGGCCAGAGUCUCCUCCUAUCGAAUAUAGUGGACCAACACCACCGGUUUUAACGAACAUUAAACUUAUCUAUCUUCCUCCUUGUACAACCUCCUUUCUUCAACCUCUUGAUUGUGGAAUCAUUGCCUCCUUUAAAGCUUCUUACAAGAGACUUUACGCUGAAUAUAUGGUACAACACUUUAACCUCCACGGAGAAAGGCCACCAAAAAUCGAUAUUCUACAAGCUAUUUACCUAAUAGCUAGUGCGUGGGACUCCAUUUCUCCGGAAACAAUCAGAAACUGUUGGGCGAAAGCGAAUAUCACAACCUCUAUGGCCUCCCCGGCAAACUCCAACGAAAACCUUACCGAUCAGUUUAUUUCUGCUCAGCGCCAAGGUGUUUUGGCCGCCUGGACAACACUCCAUCAAUCCUCUCAGAAUCCUGAUAUACUCAACUCCUACUUUGAUGAUGCCGAUGAAGGUGUUGGUACCCUUGACUCAGGGGAGGAAGCUGUUCUAGUUCCUGAUGCGAUAGCUAUUGUUGAGCGUGGAAUCAAGGCUGGAGUACUUGAUUGCCCUGCAAAUCAAUUAGAUAAAAUUGAUUAUGACAGUGAGAACGAUGAACAACAGCCUCUUCCAAUUCCUUUAAUUGGAUUAGAAACCGCUAUACACUAUACCGGUGAACUUUCCCGCUUUCUGCAGGCCCUUGAGACAACCACACUAUCCUUUCCUAACACCUUUGGGAAAGGAAAAAAUACGACUCCUGUUGAUCAACUUGUAUCCUCCAUGCAGGGUUUGAACUCUGCUCUUAUAAUGUAAAUUCUCUUAUCCUCCUAGCUUACUCUUCCAAUGGGUUUCUAGUUAGCUAAUUAAGCAUAUUAUAGUUAUCGAAGAACUCGUUCUACUCGGCAAACUACACUUACCCAGUUUUUUAAGCCUAACACUCACAACUCCGGAGAGCCGAGAAUAGAUGAGCAGAGGGUACAAGAAGGAAGGGCUUUUGUUGAUCUUGAGAUGGAGCGCAGGUAUAAUUGGAUUAGUAGUGAGGAAGACGAUGGCGGAGAGGGAGAAGAUGGUAAUACUACCUGUGUCCCAACCAAAUGGGUAACUGGGAGUAUCAAUACUGCCUAUGAACAAUUGUUAAGAUAG